AUGUCGUCCUACACUCUAUUAUUGCUUCUUGCUUUUUAUGUAAAAAUAAGUGUUGACAGUGUGAUGAUAGUAACAAGAGGAACGCCUGAAGUUUAUGUUGAUUCCAUCAGUCUCGAACUGAUUUGGGAGGAAUGUUUGACCAACUGUACUCAAAACGACUUGUGUGUAGCUGUCCAUACAAUUGGAGAUGGGAACUGUCAGAUAUUCGAGUUUGGAGAUUUGCAGACAGUUAAAAGGAGCAAUGAUAUUGAAUCCAAGUUUGCUUACAAAGUGAAAAAUGAGAACGCUUCUACUUGUCCGGCAGAUGAUACUAAUUCCAUCAUCGGAAUAAAUGGGACUUCUGGUCGUCAAGUUUAUAUAGAGUAUACUAUAUCAUUUGACCAAACAUCUCAAUCCUGGAAUUUUCAAUCAACGAGACCACUCUUGUGUCCCAGUGCUGGAUAUAAAAUGUUCAAGAGGCCAUUGGGACCUUGGUUUAUUCAGCUUACCUCUAACUCCGGCUGUCGGAACUAUACUGCAAUUGAAUCAAUUUGUACCAAGACGCCUACUAGGACUCUUAGACAAGCUGCUGCUAUGAGAUGGUUCAAUGCUUCAUAUCCAUUGUAUGCCGUGUGGAUAUCCGGUGUUAAAAAACCAGAAUGUGUCGGAAAUCCGAUCUGCCAAGGAUUAAGUGCCUUCUCAUUCGCCGACCCAACCCUAUCUGCCAACCCGACCGGUUAUCUAUUCAACACGGGAAAACCAGAUGGAACCGGUGCGGACUGUCUUGCAUUCCGAGUUAAUAGUGACAGAACAUGUGGAAUUGAUAAUAUCCAGUGUGAUCAGAUUAGAACAUCAGAUAAUUCAACAUGCCUUGGUGGACAAGUAUGCGGGCUCCCACCUGCUUGA